CGAUGAGUCACAUCUUCACUAACCAGGGCUAUCUGAGAUACAGCUUAAACUCUAAUUUCCGGUUUUCUAGCCCAUCUUCCUCUUCUCUUGGAUUUCGUCUCUCUGCGGCUCAUACUAAUACUACACAAUGGCUCCUGAGGGAUGAGGGAACAAUGAAAUUCUGGAAAUUUUAUCCCUAUCCCUGCUACUUCAGAGAAGCUUCACAUGUCCCUGGAAUAUUACAAGCAAUUAAAGUCAAAGUUGGAGCACAUCCUUGAUAUUUCAAUCUUCUCCCAGCUAUUGGAGUUGGAUUUUGAAGACAAACGUGAGACAAGUGCCACGAUACUGUACGGAUUCAUUGGAAGGGCUGAAAAGAUUGUACAUGAGAUGCACCGCGCUCAUGCCAGAAGCGAUCUACCUUCGCUGAUGUCGUCCUGCGAUUACCUUCGGAAAGAGGCAACAACACUCGGCUUCUACAAACUUCGAGAAAUCUGCGAAAGAAUUCAUGGGGCUAGCAAGUCAAAGGAAGACUGUGUUGGAGUUUUUGCUAGCGGUAAAGAUCUAUGUCUCAGGUUUGUUGGAGACGACAUUGCCAGUUUGGAGGACAACGUAACUUUGAGUCGUACGGCGCUCGAUUUAUUUUAUGAUGCACUGUAGCUCAAUGUUAGAGCAUUGGCUCAAACUGGAAAAUAAUGAAGGUUUUGUUGCAGGGAUAUCGUCUGGCCCUAAAGGUUCUUAUCAGGUAAUGAAGGCGCAAUAAGAGGCCUUGUCCGUGGUCAACUAUCGUCGUCGUCCUGCCCGUCCUUUCUCAUCCCAUGCAUGUUAGUGGACAUGGUAUUAUCAAGGCUUGGUGGGAGAUGCCUCAUUUAAAUAUACAUGGCACUAGGCACACAGGCACUAGACAGAGUUUCUCCCAGCAAAGAUAGCGAGCAGCGAUAUCUCACCUCAGGGGUAAAAGACGAGUUUUG